GAGAGGGUGCUCGGCCUCUCCCGGCCCGGCGUGCUUCGCCGGGGGGUGGUGGGUUUCCUUGGGAAUUCACUGGCGAAUUUUUUUUUUCACGGGCAGGGCUGGGUGACAGAUCUGAGCUUAAAACAUCCGUAUGGGAAAAGUGCAAGGCAGUCACCAGUGCUCCUGGCCAAGGCAGCCAGUAUUUUGAGUAAAGCCAAAGCAGCAAAACUGCACAUAAUACGUAAAUAACGCAAAUUGAGAUUGAUCAUGAAGACCUUCUGUGGAAGAGCUAAUCCAACCACUGGUUCAAUGGAGUGGAUAGAAGAAGAUGAGAACUAUGACUACCAUCAGGAAAUCGCAAGGUCACGCUAUGCAGAUAUGCUUCACGAUAAAGACAGAAAUGUGAAAUACUACCAAGGUAUUCGUGCUGCAGUGAGCAGGGUAAAGGAAAGAGGUGAGAAAGCAAUCGUUCUAGACAUAGGGACUGGCACAGGACUCCUGUCUAUGAUGGCAGCUUCAGCAGGUGCAGAUUUCUGCUAUGCAAUUGAGGUUUUCAAGCCCAUGGCUAAUGCUGCUGUGAAAAUAGUGGAGAAAAAUGGGUUUUGUGACAAGAUCAAGGUAAUCAAUAAGCACUCUACUGAAGUCACGGUUGGCCCAGACGGAGAUAUGCAAUGUCGUGCAAACAUCCUGGUAACAGAAUUAUUUGAUACAGAGCUUAUCGGAGAAGGAGCCUUACCAACCUAUGAACAUGCACACAGGUAUCUUGUGCAGGAAGGAUGUGAGGCAGUGCCUCACAGGGCAACGGUGUAUGUCCAAUUAGUGGAAUCCAAAAGAAUGUGGUCCUGGAACAAGCUGUUUCCUGUUCAUGUCGAAGCGGAGGAUGGUGAAAAAAUUAUUGUCUCCCCUUCAGAAGUGGAGGACUGUCCAGGUGUUCCUUCUGUUUGUGACAUCCAGCUGAAUCAGAUGCCUUCAAGUGACUUCACUAUCCUUAGUGAUGUGGUGACAAUGUUCAGUGUGGAUUUCAGUAAGCCAGUAAGGAGUGCUUCUACCUACUAUAGAGUACAGCUGGAGCCUGUAAAAUCUGGCAAGGCACAAAUCGUACUUUCGUGGUGGGAUAUUGACAUGGACCCCUCUGGGAUGAUAAACUGCACAAUGGCUCCAUACUGGGUAAAAUCCAGUUCUGCUUUCCAGUGGAGAGAUCACUGGAUGCAGUGUGUAUAUUUUCUACCAAAUGAGGAGCCUGUUCUCCAGGGUGAGAAGGUGUACCUGACUGCCUGUCGUGAUGAGUACUCUGUGUGGUAUAAGCUGCAGAAAGCCAGAGGAGAAGAGGAGGAUAAAGCAGAUGUUCGUGUUGAGAGUCCUGUUUGUAGGUGUCAGGCUCAUCUUCUUUGGAAUAGACCACGCUUUGGGGAAUUAAAUGAUCAGAACCGAACACGCCAAUACAUCAAAUCUUUGAUGAAAGUUCUGAAAACAGAUAGUGUUUGCCUUUGUAUCAGUGAUGGCAGUCUGCUGCCUGUGCUGGCUCACUAUCUUGGAGCAAAACAGGUGUUUACAUUAGAAAACUCUGCUGUGUCCCGUUCUGUCAUGGAAAAAUUUUUUAAAGCAAAUCAUCUUGAAGAUAAAAUUAAAAUAAUAGAAGCACGCCCUGAGUUGCUGACAUCCUCUCAUUUGGGAGAUAAAAAGAUUUCUGUUCUUGUGGGAGAGCCAUUUUUUACUACAAGUUUAUUGCCAUGGCAUAACCUGUAUUUCUGGUAUGCAAGGACAGCUGUGACCAGUCACCUUACCAGCGAUGUCACUGUCCUGCCUCAGUCUGCCUGUUUGCACAUGAUGAUCGUGGAGUUUCAGGACUUAUGGAGAAUCCGGAGUCCAUGUGGCACCUGUGAAGGUUUUGAUGUCCAGACUAUGGAUGAUAUGAUUAAAAAUUCUCUGAAUUUUAGGGAAUCCAAGGAAGCAGAACCUCACCCUCUGUGGGAAUAUCCUUGCAAGUCACUCUCUGACCCCCAGGAAGUUUUGACAUUUGACUUCAGAAAGACUGUACCACAACACUGUCUCAGCACAGAGGGUUCUGUAAAUCUUUUACGGAAAGGAAAGAGCCAUGGAGCGGUUCUGUGGAUGGAAUAUCAUCUUGCUGCUGAUGUCUCUGUUAGUACAGGACUGAUGCAAAUUUCAAACGAAAAGGGAAACUGUGAAAGGAAUCCCCACUGCAAGCAAGCUGUCUAUUUCUUCAGUUCUGUUAUUGAAUCAGAAGCUCUGUCACACCUUCCUAGUGCUGUCACAUAUGCUAUAAAUUUCAACACAAAGACAGGAGAGAUUGCCAUGGAUUUUAAGCUAUUAUAAAAUACUUUUCUUUUACUCAUGUUCCUAAAUUAUAAUAAACUUCUAUAGUAUUUUUUGUACGGCAGAGGGAUUUUUUUAUUGUGGUCAGAGGGCGAACUGACUGUUCUGAAAUAUACUUUAAAUCUUUUUGGUUUUGUUUUCAAAAUACAUAGUUGGGGAGGUAGAGAGGAACAUUUUCUGAAGGACAGGUAUUCCUGACAGGGUUUGUAUACAUACAUAUACAUACUUGCUAUCAUCUGUUUCAGUGUGAAACUCUGGUAUUUUGGGGUUCUGAAAUAAUGCUAUGGGGUUACAAAAGAGUUGACUUGCUGGUUAUUGCAUGGCAUAUCAGUGUUUGACGACGCUAAGCCUUACACCAACAGUAGAUAAAAGUGAGUUAAACCCACUUCUAUCUAUUUCUAGGCUUUGCUCUUGUCAGUGUAAAAUGGGAAAUAAUCUUCAGAGUGCACAAAAAGAAAUCCCAAGUCAAGCUACAGAGGUAUAUUAGUACACUUAAUAGGGAGAAGGAAACAGUUUAGCUGCUGUAGACUUGUCUAAGUUGGGACUAGUGUUAAACUGAAAUGGUCAGUGAAUUGAAGUAUGAUGCACUGAUGUUCUGCUCAUCUCAGUCUGAGAUGCUGCGUUUCUGAAGAGGUGUUUGCCAAACAGUGAACAAAAGUCUGGAAAGGCCUAACUGGAAAUGUACGUGUUCAGGUUAAUUGGAAGUGACAAACUGAUGGUAGUCUGACCAGAAACAAAAGAAAAAGCCAUAGUCUAAAAAACUUGCAAAUCCAUAGGAGGUAGUUACUAUGCAUUAUAUGAUCAAAAAUGUGGCCUUAUAUUCAUUGUGUCAGAGGUCUAAAUAGUAUUUGCCAGUUUAUCGAAGUUGUAUGUGGUUCUGCAAUAGCACAUGUCCGCAGCUGAGGUUUUCUUAGUUGCAUUCCAAAUCAUGUUGGCAGGAAUUGUAGUGUGUGACCAUGUGUGUGCAAUUAAUUCUGCUUUAGAUGAACAAUCAAUUGGCGUAUCCGUUUUGUAUGUGUGACCUAUUACGGGAAAUAGAAAAUCAAUGUACUGCCUGUCCUAAAUUAUGUCAGCCAGCCGCAGGGAUAACUCUGCUUACCAAAGCUACUCCUAUUUCCUCUGAGCAGCAACUUCAGCAAAGUGAAAGGAAUGCCAUAAAGAAGCCAUGAGGAAGCAGGAACCUACUCUACUUUAUUUUCCUGGUCACCAUGAUAUAUAAUUCUGGUGAGUAGGAAUUUUUCCUCUUUUUCUUCCUAAGAGCGUGAUCACACUUAUAGACCCAGAAGUCAUCUGAAAUAUUCCUAAAUUUUUCAGAACUAUUUUCCCGACCAGGGUCUUAAUAGAUGUAAGGAAGCAAUGAAAUACAUGACUGAUGUUCACUAGAACAGAAACCCCGCAGCUCCUAGAGAUACGUGGAUUUUACUUUUCAAAACUGUACUUAUAAGAUGCUUAACUUCAGACCAACUUUGCUGGAAUAUAUGGGUUGCUCUUCAUUAAACAAUUGUUUCUAAUUUUGAUACACUGAUUGUAGACCACAGAAGGUAUGGUGCCACAAAUCUGUUUGUUGUAUGUUGGGAACCUGAGCUGUACAAUUGUAAAGGGAACAAUAAUAUGGCCAAGCCUUUUAAAUGGUAACACAGCAAAAAAAAAUUAGAUGCUGCCUCCUGCGUUUGCCCGUGGCCUGUCACAGAAAGCAUGAGCUGCUGUUCUUCUUCUGCAGUAGGAAUAGCUUCUGAAGACUCUUUGCAUUUAACUGAGCAAAUCAUUCUGGAUCUAACAGAAGCAUGCAGUGUUCCCAAGGGAACACAGCAAUAUAUUACAAUUUAGAUCUUUGGAAAAGUAAGAUAAACAAAACCACAGCUGAAUUAACAGUAUUUUAAUGUGUAGUGAUAACUUUCUCAAAGAUAACUGUAUAUGUAUGUGCCUGAAUCGUACUUCCUAAGAAAAAAAUAAAACCAAUAAAUUCGCUAAAAUGCCAAAGGGAAGCAAUCCACAUGGAUGGGAAUUUGUAUUUUGUUAUCAGUGUUAUACAUGUGGGAGAUAUGUGGACCCUACGGUAGAUACUAGGCAUGCUGACU